AUGGCAAUAGAUGUGUACUCGGUUGUAUAUUACAUCACUUUCUUCUUAAAAACUCUGUCAAUCUUCCUCAACUUAGGAGUUUGGAGAUUGCUAAAUCGAGGAAGAAAUGAUGUUGCCGCGAUUUAUAAGUACCUGUUAAAGCUUACCGUUGUUUUGGAUUGCACAUACGCGUUGUCCAGCAUUAUUUUUGGGCCGGUAAGGGACUUUAUUAUACAUGCAGACGAAUUUAGAUGCUGUUGUUUUCCGACUCCUACUUUAUUUUGAUAUUUGAGUCACUCCUUCUGCCUAAGUCGAUCCCGAUGUCACAAGUCUCUACUUUCAUCAUGACGGUUGUUGCGUAUGGGUGGAUUGGGACGUUGCCAGUUCAACCCAUUGUCAGAUAUUACACUUUGAUCUCUCAGCCGUGCUCGAAACGAGAUAUCAAUGUCAUAUUUUCUUAUGGAAUCUUAGUCGUAGUCCUUUACGGAAUCUGCACAAGUUACUUUGUUGGCACUAAAAACGAAAAGUUUGAUUAUUUGUUGGCAAACCAAACUCUGUUUACGCUUCAAGAUCCAAUGUAUGUGCUGUUUGAUUCGGUAGGUGGCUCGUUUACACGCAGCAAUUAUAGCUUGUAGUCAACCGAAAACAUUUAUUAUCCAUUGAUCGGUGGAGUCUUAAUAACUGUGGUUUCAUGCAUCCUGGUGUUCGUUUAUAUUAUGAAGGCUCGACGAAAAAUGAUCAGUAUGAGGGAGCAUCUGACGGAAGACACGCGAAGGAUGCAUAGAAGAAUGAGGAAUAUCGUAAUCUCUCAGGUAAGUAUGCCAUAUAUAACAUUAUAUCCUUCGAAAGACAGGAUUGUGGAAAUUACAGCAUACAAUUUCAGACGAUAUACCCGCUGCUGUGCCUUGAAGUUCCGGCAGUAAUGUUUGGCGUUUAUCCAUUGUUUCAGCUUGAAUCUGCAGCAGAGUUUUGCAGUAUAUACUCAAACAUUUCGCUGCACGUUUUCUCCAUUCUGAAUCCUUUAUCAAUAAUUUUCUUUAUCCCAUCGCAUCGCAGGGCUGUAAUGGAUACAAUAAGAUGUAAAACCAAGAAACGAAACUCAGUGUCCAUGCCUCAACCAAACUCCUAAGUAGCUCGGUAUAUUCUUAGAUAUUUGAUGUCCUUAUUCUUUGCUUAACUUAUGGGCCGAAUAAUUAUUUUGUUUUGUUUGUUUUGUAAAAUAGUCAAGCCGUUGCUUUGGGGUAUCAUUUACUGCAACAGGAGAAGUGCGAUAAGACGGCUGAAAUUAACCCGGUAAGCUGUGGCUGUCAUCAGAUAAUAGUGUUUGAUUGCCAACAACAAUCAGAGCAAAUAAUUUGUGCCUUAAAGCGUUGAACUGAGAGCCCAAUUUCAUUAGUAAAGUUACAUGCGUUUUUCCGGUUAUUUGCAACUUUCUGCGGGCAGGGUUAAUCAAAUUUAACGGCAGGGAAUGCAACAUUUUCCAUUAAGUGACACUAAGUUCUCAACACCGACUUAAACAGCCAAAAUGAUUCCUUAUUUCUGUCCUUGGCCGCGGUUAUUAGAUGACAUUAGCCCUUUGUAACUAACAGAAUCAUUGCGGUAUGGCAGAAGGUAGUCGUUUUCGAAACUUUGCCAGUAUAACCAACAAUUAUAUAUCAAACCUUACGGGCAGAAUUUUUGUAAAACAAAUGUGGUCAUGGAUGUUUACGCCAUCGUCUACUACCUCGAUUGUUUUCUCUCAAUCUUGUCUAUUUUAUUAAAUCUAUUUGUGUUGGAAUUAAUAAACCGAGGAAAGAAUGAUGUCGCCACAAUUUACAGACAUCUCUUAAAACUCACAGUCUACUUCGAUUGCAUAUACGCCAUUUCCAGCUUAUUUAUAGGGCCGGUAAAUAAAUCAAAGUAAUUUUAGUGGGCUUUUAGAUGAUUUUGUUUACCGAUUCCUACUUUAUUUUGAUAUUUGAUGCCUGGUUUCUGCCCAAAACAAUAUUAACGUCUCGCAUAUCCGUCUACAUCAUGAUUGUUGUGACAUACGGCUGGAUUGGCAUACUGCCCGUUCAGCCGAUCGUCAGGUAUUACACAGUGAUCUCACAGCCAUGCUCGAAACGGGAUAUUAAUCAAUUGUUCGGGUACGGAAUCUCAGUGGUCGUUUUGUAUGGGAUUCUGGUAUCUGGGUUUAUUGGCAUGAAGAACGAUAUAUUUGAUGAAGUUUUACGAAAUCAGACCCUAUAUAUUCUCAAAGAUCCAGUAACCUAUGUGGUGUUGGACUCGGUAAGUGUUACAUUUAGACAUCACCAUUUUAUACCAGACAACCGCAAAUAUUUUUUGGCCGACGAUAGGUGGCGUUUUAAUAACAUUAUUUUCCUGUUCCAUGGUAUUUGUUUACAUCAUGAAAGCCCGGAAAAAAAUGAUAAAUAUGAGCGAGCACAUGACCGAGGAGACCAGAAAAAUUCAGAAGCGGAUGAAAAAUAUCGUAAUUUCUCAGGUAAACCAUUAUCUUCAACGCAUAACGUUUCAACUGCUUUAGACCGCAUAUCCCCUGCUGUGUCUUGAAGUUCCAGCCGUAUUAUUCUGCAUCUACCCAUGGCUUGAGGUUGAAUACGCUUCGGAGAUCUCCAGUAUAUACUCAAACAUUUUAUUACAUAUUUUCUCCAUCCUCAAUCCUCUAUCGAUUAUCUUCUUUAUUCCGUCCAAUCGAAGACUUGUCAUGGAUACAAUUAGAUGUAGAGCAACGAAACGAAACUCGGUCACCAUAUCUCAUCUAAAUUCCUAAUAUUCUAUAAUUAAUAAUGCAUAGCGAGCGGCCCAGAGAAAGGUUUUGCCAGAUCGUUAAUUGUUUUCGCCAUUGUCUGCCUAUCAUAAAUGUAAAAUACAUGGGCUUAAUUACAGCGUUGUCUUCCGAAUAAAAAAUAAAAACUUUAUCAAGAGUACUAUAGACUCUCAACUAGAAAACUCGAAUGUGAUUAGCAGGUGCUAGUCGGCACUACCUGUAUCCUUUGGUCUUUGUGUUUUCUUGUGCCCAUUUCAUUAACGUAAAGUGCUGCGUAUGCCUAUUUUGGAUCACAUGAUCAUUAAAAACGUUAUGGUUCGAGUUUCUUCAUGUUUCGAAAGCAGUGUUGACCACCUUAUUACUAUGGUAUCAAACCAAAUUACCGGUUAGUCUUAGCGUCCCAUUAUGUUCUCUGACAGCCAUAUGGUGUUAUGCAUUUCUACACGGUUUGCUACUUUGCCUUAUUCCCGAUCAAAGUUAUAUCGGUCAUCAUGAACAUUGGAGUCUUUUAUUUAUUGCAACGGGAGAAACGCGAAGUGGCUGAGAGCUACCGACAUUAUUUGAAAAUGACAGUGAUUUUGGACCUUGUCUAUAUUGCAGAGACCGCUGUUAUUUGCCCGGUAAUUUGUAUCAUUGUGCGGUUUUUAAGCAUAAGAUAGCGGUAGAUGAUUGUAAAAGAUCUUGCUAGGAUGCGUACAGGCAUUAGGAGAAGUUUGUGAGACUCAACUAUUUUUUGCCUCCUUUUCGGCCAUAGUAUCCAAUGGUAUUUUGUUCGCUGAAAGCAGAGCAUAAGCUAUAUAAUACCUAUAUAACCUGACGUAUUUCGAAUCUAAUCAAGAAUCCUUUGAACACUCUUUGAUAGUUUUAAAACUAUAAUUUCAGGCCAUCCUCUUCGUGGAUUCUUAUUUCUUCUUAAUUUUCGACACAUGGUGUCUACCGAAGUCGAUUCUUAUGUCACGGGUAUUGUUCGUCAUCACAGCAAGUCUAACCUACUCCUGGGUUGGCAUAAUGCCCAUUCAGCCCAUUAUUCGCUAUCGAAAUGUUAUUUCCGAACCGUGCUCCAAACGUGACAUCCAUCGGAUGUUUUUUGUGGGGAUCUUGGCGGUCAUGCUCCACACCUUAGUUUCAGCCAGCUUUCACGGUACAAAAGCCGAAGAAUUUGAUGAAAUCUUGAACAACCAGACUUUAUUUACGUUCUACAAUGAUCCUAUAUAUAUUGAAUUUUCAUCCGUAAGAGUUUCUAAGCCUUGUUGUUAGUCAAAAUUUAGGAUAUUGGAAAUAUAUUUUGGCCAAUGGGAGCUAAUAUUGCGUUGACAGUUACGUCUUUCACUUUAGUGGUAGUGUACACAUUAAAAACCAGGUCGAGAUUAAUGAAUUUGAAAGAGCACAUGACUCCAGAAACCAGGGCCAUGCAUCGGCGGAUGAGGAAUAUGAUCAUUCUACAGGUAACGCAAAUUAUUAGCUAACUCUUUAUAUUGUAGACAACCUAUCCGUUGUUUUGCAUAAUUGUCCCUGCGGCUAUGAUUGGGACAUACCCCGUGCUAAAACUCACCUUAACAUCAGCAAUUUCCAGCGUCUACGCAACAUUUUCUUUACAAAUAUUUUCCAUUUUCAAUCCCUUAUCGAUUAUUGUGUGUAUCCCGUCUAAUCGCAAGGCAGUUCUCCGCUUCUUGGGAUGUCUUCCUCGUCAUUCUGUGUCUGAUUGCCGCAACCCCAAGAGUGUUGAAGAACCGAAUUAA